AUGUCUGAAAGAAAGGUGAUCAACAAGUACUACCCUCCGGACUAUGAUCCCUUAAAGGAGGAGAAAGUGAGAAAGGUGCGAAAGUCCGGUCCUGCAGGAUGGCCAACCGUGCGAUUGAUGAUACCCUUUUCCAUGAAAUGUCUGAACUGCGGUGAAUACAUUGGAAAAUCAAAAAAAUUCAACGCUAAAAAAGAGAGCACGAAGGAAGACUACCUGGGGAUUCGCAUCUUCAAUUUCCAUUUCCGCUGUCCACAAUGUUUCUCCGAUCUGGUCUUUCGAACUGACCCCAAAAAUGGAGAUUUUGAGUGUGUCUCAGGUUGUAGACGAAAUUAUGAGCGGAAAGAAGGCAAAAUUGCAACAGAUGAGACCAUGGACGACAUAUUGAAGCGACUAGAAGAAGAAGACUACAGAGAAAUGCUGGCGAAGGAAGGAAAAAAGGAGAACGAAGAGACCGCUAUGGAACAGCUUGAGAGACGACUCAACGAACAACAGAAGGAGCAGGAGGCAACGGAGGAGAUUGAGGAGCUUCAGGAGAGACACCGGCGUCUAGAAAAGGCCAAGCCUAAGAUAUUGGAGGAUCAGGAGUUGCUGGAUGAAAAGGAGGCAAAGCUGGCUUUUCAAGCAAAAUCGCAAACCAACUCGCCGACUGAGAAGCCGGCAUUUGAGGCCAACCAACUUUCGCUGCUAUCAGGAUAUUCGUCGUCGGACGACGAUAUGGUUACGGUGAAACGCAAGAAAACUUCUUUGGGAAUACGGAAAAAGGUCAAGGUGUAG